AUGGGCUCGUCGAUCCCUUUGGAGUAUCAUGUACGCCCGAGUCGAUCCUUCGGUACCGUAAUCACCGACAGCAGUCAACCAAGCACCGCGAACACAUACCUUAAGCCAGCCAUUGAAUUGAUCAUACAGUCAGUAUCUAUCAUUGAUGACGUGCUGAAGACCUCGACGAGAACUUUAGUCCGCAGCAUGACAACGGCAACGCCUUCAUAA